GCAUCUCUAAGCCCACAUCCAAGACUCGCAAGCCAAACUCACUAAUCAUACACGUACGUGCUUAGCUUAAGCCCUUCCGGCGAAGUCAAGUGCAAUGGCGUCGUCCAGCAAGCCCUGCGCCGCCUCCGUCCUCCUCCUGCUGCUGGCCCUCGCCGUCGCCACGGCGGCCGACGUAGCGAAGAAGAGCGUCGCGUCGGAGCCCAAGUCCAUCUUCUCGAGGCCGUCGGGAGCCAUCUUCCCGAGGCCGGCGGCGAAGGACAUCAUCGCGUCGGAGCCCACCAUCCCGAGGCCGGCGGCGGUGGACGUGUCGGCGACGUGCAUGGGGUCGCUGCUGGAGCUGAGCCCGUGCCUGGCCUUCUUCAGGGACGCGGGCACGUCCAAGGCGCCGGCGGGGUGCUGCAAGGGCCUGGGCAGCAUCGUCCGAGACCAGCCAGCGUGCCUGUGCCACAUUUUCAACCACACCCUGGAGCGGGCCAUCGGCGUCGGCAUCCCCGUCAACCGCGCGCUCGCCCUCAUCCGCGACGUCUGCGGCCUCACGCCGCCCAAGAACCUCAUGGCCAGCUGCGCCAACGGCGGGGCCGUGCCGCCGUUGUACGUGUGCCCGGCGCCCUCGGCCUGAAUGUCCUGAUAUCUGUCAAUCCAGGAGGAGAUGCGUGAGUAAAAGAUGGCAAAAGUAAGGCGAAGGAUGCAUACGAGUGCAGCUUAUCAUAGACGCUCCAUACUAAUUGGAGUUUCGAAUUAACAACACAUGGAAUAUUAAUGGAUAUGAUACUAGCUACCAGAUCGAUCCUGGGCAUAAUGCCAGUAUGCCACACUGUGGUUGCAGAAGUAUGUGCUGUCUCCACGCAUAUUGAUAAAAAUACUAGCAAAAAUGCCCGUUCAUUGCAACGGAAUAAAAUUUAACUUCCCUAGCAUAGACUAAAAUAUAAACCAUUAUUUAAUUUAUGAUCCACGACAAUUAUUCCCAAGAUGAAAAAAGAAUUAUGCUUUCAAUCA